GGUAAAUACCAAGAACAUCCAAUCAAUUUUGUCCUGGCUUUGCAAGAGCUCAACAAGUUCAUGAUCAGUCUGGUUGAAAAAUUUACUACAGAAGCAGCAGGGAGAAAUAUUGCAGAAGCAGUAGAUGCAGAUGAAGAUGCCAUGGACCAGGGGAUUAAUUAUUCAAAUGAUCCAAUAGAAGAUAUUAUGAAAGAUCUUGAAGUUCUUUCUAAAGAAAGCCAGGAAAAUGAAGAGCUUUCAAAGAUAGUAGAACAGCUGAAGGAGCAGUACAUUAUUCUAUUUACAGAAAAAAGUAACGAAAUAAGUAAACUUGAAGCUUAUAAGAAACAGUUUACUAAGAGGACUAGUCCUAGUGACAAAGAAAAUGAACAGGUGAAACAGAUUGAACAACGGAUAAAAGCUAAUCAGGCAGAAUUAACAGAAAAAGGAAAUGAGCUUACAGUGACCAAAAGACUGGCUUUGUACAACAGAUUAUCAGGUCAUUUGAAACAGCUGCAGGUAGCACAAAAUAUCAUCAUUGCUCAAAUAAGCAAGUGGACAGGUCAACAGCAGAGGUCACUUUCUGGGUGGCCUACACCACCACCCCUUGAUAACCUACAGCCCAUGUGUGAACUACAUGCUGACCUACUCUGCCGGCUUUAUCAACAUAUAAUAAAGUUGGACAGCAUGUUUCGCCCAGCUUUAGCUCAAGAUAAGGGAGAGGUCGAAAGAAUGGAAAAAUUGAAAACAACUUCAAGAACCAUGCUGUCACACUUUCUAAACAAGUGUUUUGUGAUCGAGAAACAUUCACCUCAAGUAUUGAAAACCAAUACAAAAUUUGGCACCACUUUGAGGCAUUUGAUUGGUGGAAGGCUGAAUGCCCAUAUUCACCCACCAGAAGUAAUUUGUAGCCUUGUUUCAGAAAAAUAUGUGCGUUCAUUGUACGAUUCAAAAGGAAAAAUAAGCCCACCACCAAAUGACAAAAACGUCCUCAAUAACAAAAAGACGAUGGAAUACAGCCAGAAGAACAACACCUUUACCGUAGAAUUUAAGAAUUUGUCUGUGACAAGAGCCAACCGACAGGGAGGCAAGAAGGAAGAGAGCGUAUGUGAAGAGAAGCGCUGUUUGCAAUUCGUCUCGGAGAUCAACAUCGGGAGAGAAAGAUUUACAAUCAUGACCCUUUCCUUUCCUACUGUUAUCACUGUCCAUGGCAACCAGUCUGCCGACGCAGAAGCGACCAUCAUCUGGGACAACUCAUUUUCAGCGACGGAUCGUAAACCCUUCGACGUUCCAGAGAAGGUCACUUGGUCCCAGCUAUCAGAAGCGUUGAGCAACCGCUGGACUUUGUGUAACGAUAGAGAACUCACUGACGAAAACCUUCUGUACAUCGCUGGCAAGCUCUUUGCAGGCGUGGAGAAGGAUGAUUUAGAUGACCAGGUCGUGACAAGGUCAAUGUUUUGUAAGGAACAUCUUCAUGGAAGAAACUUUACUUUCUGGAAAUGGUUCUUUAGCAUUCUUGACGUGGUGAAAAAGAACAUGUUGGACGAAUGGCGAGAUGGGGUAAUUCAUGGGUUCAUUAACAAGCAAGAAGCACAAGACAUGUUAAUCAACCUUCAACCUGGGACCUUCUUAGUGCGAUUUAGUGACAGUGAGCUUGGUGGAGUGACUAUUGCCUACACGAUCCAACACCCAACAGGAGAAAAAGAGGUGUGGAAUUUGUCUCCCUGGACCAAUCAGCAUCUGUCAAUGAGGAAGUUUUCCGAUAGAAUCAAAGAUCUAGACUCGCUUGUCAUCUUGUACCCGGGGCAACACAAGGAUCAUGCGUUCAAUCGUUAUUACAGUCAGGAUGAAAGCGCCACGUUACUGGCUCCUGGGGAGUAUCGCGACACUGUACUCGCUACUAGAGUUCUGGGGGCGCCAGGCACAAGUACUCCAAUGGUUCAGAGUCCCAUGCAUCCGGGGUCUCAAGGUUCCUUGGACAUGAUUACCAAUCAUCCCCUGGGAAUUCCCAGCUCACCGCCGUCCAUUUGUGGAGAAACAGAAUUAAACAUUGGUAGUGAAGAAACUGUUUGUAGUGAAUUCGAUGGUAAUGAAGAAGCCAUGGCGGGGAUUUUGUCGAACGUCAGCGUGUUAAUGCAGAGUAAUCAGCAAGGACUAGAUCAGGCCUUUGCUGGUGCGUCGGGCUAUCAAUCUGGGACGCAGGCAUUUACUCCACACACUAUUGCAGAGGAUCAGUGGAGUGUGCUUUCCUUUCAGUCUUAGAACAGUUAAAAACCUUAUAUAUGGACUGAUUUUAGCGCACAAUUGCAACAAUAGCUAUCAUUGUAAAGUGCAUACCAUAUAUCCGUGAACUUAAAAAAAUUGUACAGAUUAGUACAAAGUUUUGUAGGUCUACGGUCUACUGGUAUGCAUUCUACUGCAUUGUGUAUGAUCAAGUAUUCUCACGCGCAGAUGCAUGUGCAAUGGAACAGGCUUUUCGUCGGAGAACAAAGAAUUUACCCCCCGCUACAUCAUAUUAACGCUAAGUUUGUACGAAAAAACAACACGAAGUAAGUAUACUUUUCUAUUACACGGAAGA